CAUAUAUUUCAUACUUUAAAUAGAAGAUUGUUCAGAGAUUUUGAAAGGAAACCCUAGUAAAAAAGGACAAGAUGGAGUUUAUGUUAUUUACCUUGACACGCCGAGAGAGGUCUACUGUGACAUGACGACGGAUGGAGGAGGAUGGACGACAAUUCAGAAAAGAGAAGAUGGCGACUUGGAUUUUUACAGAACAUGGAACGAGUACAAAGAAGGGUUUGGGAAUGCCUCUAAAAACUACUGGUUAGGAAAUGACGCAAUCUAUGUGUUGACUAGACACAAGGACCAGGAACUCCGGGUUGAGCUACAAAGAUUUAAUGGCGAAAAAGCAUACGCUAAGUACUCCACAUUUUAUAUCGGCAAUGAAGACAGCAAAUACAUACUCACUGUAUCGGGGUAUUCAGGAACCGCAGGUGAUAGUUUGGGUCCACAUAAUGGUAUGGGAUUCACUACAAAGGACCAAGAUAAUGAUAAUAAAGCUAGUUACAACUGUGCUAUAAAUCAUCAAGGUGCAUGGUGGUACCAUUUAUGUACAAACUCAAAUCUUAACGGGAAGUAUGCACUGUCCGCGGUGACCAGCCAUAAAAGUCCGUAUUGGUAUAGCUGGACAAACGGAUACAGAGCACUACAAAGUACUGUUAUGAUGAUAAGACACAAACGCCCGAGUUAAUGGA